AUGGACUCGAGACAAGAUGAGAAUAUUGAAAUGUGUCAAAGACAUUGGCAAUGUAAACAAGAGCAAUGGCGAUGCUAUACAGGGCAGUGUAUUAAAUCUGAAUGGGUUUUAGAUGGAGAAUGGGAUUGUCCAGAUGCAUCAGAUGAGCAGGCUAUUUUCUUCUCGCGCAAUGCUUUCUCCAUGCGGAACUUGAAACUAAAACAUGAGACUAUGCUACGUGAACAUUACAAUGGCAGGUAUAGAACUAGACCAUUUGGUGAUAUUUGUGAUCUGAGCAGUGAAUAUCCAUGUUAUCGAGCCGAUGCAUUGGAUCCAUUGAAUAUUACUCAGUAUCGGCCUUGUAUCAAUCUAACGCAGAUUGGUGACGGCUAUGUUGAUUGUGUUGGAGCUCUUGAUGAACGGAAUAUUCGACAGCAUUGCACUAAAUCUUCAAUGCUCGGAUACUAUUUUCAAUGUUCAAAUGACAACCAGUGUGUGCGAUAUGAUGCUCAUUGCGGACUUCAGUGUACUGAUAGUCGUAUUCAGUGUCAUGGUUUCAACAAGAGUUCUGACUGCUCAUCUUCAUCCGAUUUCAUGUGUUUGAAUGGUAUAUGUGCAAAAGGAGGAUGGUGUAAUCUGCGAGCUGACUGUUUACAUGGAGAGGAUGAGCAUCUGUGUAAAAUUCCACAAAACACUUACAACUUUAGAGAACAUGAAAAUUAUCGAGUGGGCAAAAAGCUUUCACUAGAAAAGAAACAGAAGGUACUUGGUUUGCCUAUGAUUCUCUGGAACAUGGACACAACACAAAUACCGUCAGUAAACAUCACAGUCUCACCAAAUCGCUUCAUCACCAACCACUAUCGAUUAGAAGACUAUCCUUCAUCAGUUCCCUUCUGGUGUAAUCGUGGUGUUGGUGUUCUAUUCUUCAAUGGAUCGAUUGUUUGUUUCUGUUCACCACAAUACUAUGGAGAUAAAUGUCAAUAUCACAGUGAUCGAUUGACUGUUCUUGUUCAUCUCAACCUCUCACAACAGAUCUAUGAAGAAUCUACUAAUCCAAUAACACUUCUCAAAGUCUUGAUUAUUCUUCUACACGAAAAUGAAUCAGUAAUGAUUGAAUCAUUUCAUGUUCGACCAUCUACUGAAAUGACUUCGAUCAAGAAGACAAUUCAUCAUCUGUUAUACUCUCGAUCAAAUAAUUCAUUGAUGCAGAAGCGAACUCGAUACUUCAACCGAUCAAGUAUUAUCAAUCAUCAUCCAUAUUCAGUUGCCAUCGAAGCUUAUGAACUUCAGAUGAGGGAGAAACCUCGACUGAUAGGUGUCUGGCGAUAUCCAAUCUAUUUCGAUUUUCUUCCAAAUUCUCGAUUGGUUAAAGUUCUUCGUCUGACUAAACUAGAUGAUAGUCUAGAUCCUUGCUUGAGUAAUCCAUGUAACAAUCAUCAAAAAUGUCAUCGACUCCUCAACGAACCAUCACGCUUCAUUUGUCUUUGUCAAGCAAACUUUAGUGGGAAAGAAUGCUCGAUCGAGGAUAAACUAUGUCAAGAUGGUUUUUGUGGAUCCAAUGCUCUGUGUAAAUCCAACUAUCGGCGCUUAGUCAAUGGUAAUGGACGAGUGCCUUAUUGUCUGUGCCCAUUGAAUCGACUAGGAGAUCGAUGUCAGUUGAACUAUGAUUUAUGUGGUUCAAAUCCUUGUCUCAACGGUGGCACCUGCUUGCCAACACCAGAAGUGACCAAUUAUUUCUGUUUAUGUACAGAAAAGUACUAUGGAAAUGAUUGUCAACUGAAAAAACAUGCAGUUCAUCUUCGGAUCGAUCGGAGUGUGCAUGAUCGAGUGGCUCUCGUUCAAUACUUCGACAUCAACUUCUUCACUCUCGAUCUGAAUUUUGUCCAUCAACAUCUGUACGAUUCUGUUCCACAAAUCCUUUUCUACCUGCACGAGCAAACAAAAAAAGCACCAGCCGUAAUUUUUGUCAAACUCUACUCGAACACUCUGAUCGAUACCUAUCUCAUCUCACUGCAAAUCGAGGUCGAAUCAAUCAAUGGAACAACAGAAGUGAGUGAGAGAACUCAUUGUCCGCAUGUCAGUACAUUGCUGAUAAAUCAGACAGGUAUUUUCAUAAUAAAGCAGACACACACAGAUGAUACUAUGGUUAUCUUUAGAGAUUUCUCCAAUCCAAUAUCAUUAUCUCUGUCAACAGAAUAAUAGUUUCUUAUGUUUUCAUGAUCACUGGUACUUGUGUGUUUGUUCUAUGAAUCGAAGUCGAGCAGAAUGUUUCGGAUAUGAUCAUUCUCUUGAUCGGUGUUCUGAGUGUUUGAAUGGUGGUCGAUGUGUGAGAGGAGAUCCAUUGAAGAGAGGAGAUUUUCGAUGUCUUUGUUCUCAAUGUUAUUCCGGUCGACGAUGCGAAUUUAGUGCUCAACAACUGAGUUUCACUUUGGAUUCGUUGAUUGGCGAUGAUUCUUCGAGUGUGAAAUCUAUCUAUUUUAUUAUCAGCGCUGUGUUGCUUUUAGUUGGCACAGUGACGAACUAUGGUAGUUUUAUCACAUUUCAACGAUCGACGCCACGCAAGCUCGGUGUGGGUUAUUACUUGUUGAUCUUAUCGAUCUUCAAUCAAUCUUCGCUCUUCUCUCUUCUUCUCAAAACGAUGACUAUUCUCUUCAAUUCAUUGAUGAGUGUCGCUUCAUGUAAAACAAUUUCUUUCAUUUCAACUAGUUCAACUCAAUACACCUAUUGGUUGACUACUUGGAUUACUCUCGAACGACUAUCAUUCGUGAUUUUUCCUUUUAAUGAUCGUUUACGAAAACCUCGAUCAGCUAAAUUGAUUAUGUUCAUCAGUCUCAUCGUUCUUACUGCCAUGAAUAUUCAUGAACUGCUCUUCUACAAUGUCACUCAAGAUAUCAAUGAACAAGUUUUAUGUAUCGAAAACUUCCCUUCUUCGGUGUGGUCAUACAAUUUUGUCAAUGUUCUUCUGCAGCAUCUCAUUCCAUUCUGUAUUCAAAUCAGUUCAAUUACAAUUUUGAUUGUUUUCACUGCUCGUAGUCGUUCGCGUUUGAAGAUGGAUGGCAACGGAUUUUUUCUCAUUCUCAAACAACAAUUCAAUCUUCAAAAAGAACUCUACAUAACUGCAUUGAUUCUUGUUUCCAGUGCUUUACCACAAAUAGUCAUUUCAUCAGCACUUUCUUGCACCAUCUUAUCAGCAUGGCAAAGACAUCUUCUAUGUAUUUCUUACUUGAAUGAA